UCCACCUCUGAAUUUCAACGGGGCCAAAACAAUCAAUUCUAAUCGGGUAGAUAGUUCAAAUUCAAAAAGCUGGCGUCAUCCAGGAGAAAGAAAUCAAAGAUGGCGGCGGUGAAUGUGACGACUCUCGUUGCGAAGACCACCGUCCCGACGGAUCUGAACAGCACGUUCUUCAAUUCGACGUAUCUGGUCGCGACGGGGAUCAGCCAAGAAGACUUCCUGGCGCUGCAGAUGUCGAAUGCAACAGAUAAUGCGACGUCAAACGAGUCGCUCAGCCAUGUGGUGUUACAGAACUGGUAUCCGAGCGGUUACAGUCCGUUCCACAUAAUUUUAGCGUCAGUGGUUGUGACAGUAUUGAUGAUAAUGGUGGUGGUAGGGAAUAUGCUAGUGAUCAUAGCGAUAGUGACAGAGAAAGCGUUGAAGAACAUACAAAAUUGGUUUAUAGCUUCGUUGGCUGUGUCAGACUUUUUCCUGGGACUGAUUAUAAUGCCGUUCUCGUUGGCUAACGAGCUGAUGGGGUAUUGGAUCUUCGGAUUCUGGUGGUGCGAGAUCCACUCGGCCAUGGAUGUGUUGUUGUGUACGGCGUCCAUCAUGAAUCUGUGCCUCAUCUCGCUGGAUCGCUACUGGAGUAUAACACAGGCGGUCGACUACCUCAAGAAGCGGACGCCGGCGCGAGCGGCCCUCAUGAUCGCGGCUGUUUGGCUGAUGUCAGCGUUGGUCUGCAUCCCCCCUCUCCUCGGCUGGAGGGUCACGAGGCCGCCCCAGCAGUUUCCACAGUGCAAGGUGUCUGAAGACAUGGGCUACGUGAUAUACUCGGCGUUGGGCAGCUUCUACAUCCCGUCCUGCAUCAUGGUGUUCGUCUAUAUUCGGAUAUACUACGCUGCCAAGGCGAGAGCGAGACGGGGGAUACGGAAAAACCCGAGGCCUAGGCCUAACGAACAGCAGACGAGCUUUAGCAACCCGCCAAAGGGGACGCGGCCCAUGCCGGCCACGCCCUCUAUACCCAUGCCACAGGGCUUGGACAGUAAUUCUAAUAAUAGAGUAAGUCAAAUAUCUACGAUAGAGGCACAGCAGGUGCCAAUACCGACGGUCACGUGCGACCUCGCUAGCGACAUCUCGACGAGUGAAGCGGGAGACAUGAUGCCGCAGCAAGAGGAGAGAAAAGACACACUUAAGGUGGUGACCUCGGCGCAGGUGACGCGCAACCCGCUCGCGGCGUGCCAGCUGCGCAGCUCCACGCUCAGCGUCAACGAUUCCGGCGUCGUCUCCCGCUGCGCCGGCGUCAAACCGCUCAAGUUCAGAAUCUGCCAACCCAUCUUCGGGAAAAAGUCCGAAACUUCCAGAAGGCAGGAGAAGAAGCAGAAGAGCGAAUGCGAACCGGCCCUCCCGAAGCAGCAUAAACCUAGAGAUCCGGAGCGGGAGAAACGGAGGUUAGCAAGAAAAAAAGAAAAGCGAGCCACUUUAAUUCUAGGAUUAAUCAUGGGAAGCUUCAUUGCAUGCUGGCUUCCGUUCUUCUUCUUAUACAUCCUCAAAGCCGCUUGCAGAGCAUGCGAGAUACCAGGAAUAGCAUUCGCUGUAGCAUUCUGGCUAGGCUACAUGAACUCUGUACUAAAUCCUGUGAUUUACACCAUUUUUAAUAAGGAUUUCAGAAGGGCGUUUAGGAGGAUACUGUUUAAGUGAUGUUUGGCCUACCUGUGCUGCUACAGAUGCGUGGCCAACCGCAUCAUGAUGGCGCAACAGAGGGCAGCACCGGGGCUUUACAAUGUACGUUAACGCCAUAACCAAGGACAGUCUCAUGUGAUAACAGUGAAAUAUAGAACAAACUGAAGUACCCUACGUUUGAGAGAGAAUCCACACUAACGUCUUUUGAGCGUCGGUGACUUUAGUAUAAGACCUGACGGCUCAGCCACGACAUUGGUCUAAGCGCGACAGCGAUGAG